AUGGUCCGAUGGGAUAAUCGCGGCGUGAUCGGGCACAUUCACGCCCAACAGAUCUGGGGAAGAGCUCAGUCCUUCGCUCUGUGCCACAGCAGCGGCGGGAAGCGCAGCUCGCCAGCCAGCCAGCCAGCCGGAUCGGCGCCCAGUCUCCUCCAGCAGCCCCGGCGCAGGCAGCGCAGAAGGGCGCUCUCCUCUCCUCUCCCGGCCCGCCCAGCUGCUGCCCGCUCCCUCCGGCGAGCUUCUUCGCGGGCCGCCGGGAUCCCGCGCCUGUUUCGGGGCAAGGAAGGCACGAUGGGCAGCUGGUCCCGUGCUCCGUUGCUGCUGGCCGCACUCGCCGCCUUGGCGCCCGCCGCCACUCCGCAGGAAGACGACUCCGGCUCCAGCCGCAUCACCACCCCCCGCGCCCUCGCUUCCCGCCAGGGGCCGCAGCAGAGCCACUUCGGGAAACCCCGCGGCGGAGCUGCAGCUUUCUACAGGAGCCAGCAGGCUGCAUGGUGUUUGCCUGGGCAUUAUAUUGUGGUGCUCAAAGAGGAAGGCCUUAAACUCCAAACAUCAAAAACUGCCAAGCGUCUGCAAGCCAGAGCAGCUAAGCGUGGCUACCUCACUAAAAUCCUACAUAUCUUUGAGGAACUAUUCCAGGGCUUUGUUGUGAAGAUGAGCAGAGAUUUACUGCACAUGGCUUUGAGGCUUCCACAUGUGCAUUAUAUAGAAGAGGACUCCUAUGUAUUUGCUCAGAGUGUGCCCUGGAACCUUGGCCGAAUUAUCCCAGGGCAGUUCCAAUCAAACAACUACAGUCCUCCCAAUAAGGGUGACUUGGUUGAGGUUUAUCUGCUAGACACUGGUGUUCAGAGCAACCACCGGGAAAUAGAGGGCAGGCUGUCUGUGACUGACUUUGAGAAUGUCCCAGAGGAGGAUGGUACUCGUUUUCAUCGGCAGGUCAGUAAGUGUGACAGCCAUGGGACUCACUUGGCUGGAGUUAUAAGUGGGAGAGAUGCUGGUGUGGCCAAAGGAGCCAGUGUUCAUAGCCUCCGGGUGCUGAACUGCCAAGGGAAGGGCACUGUGAGUGGCACUCUGAUAGGUAUGGAGUUUGUUAAAAAGACAGUGGCUGCCCAGCCCUACAGUCCUCUGAUUAUGCUGCUCCCUUUUGCCGGUGGCUACAGCCACAUCUUGAAUGCAGCUUGUCGCCUGAUGGUGCAGAAGGGAGUGGUGAUAAUUGCUGCAGCCGGCAACUACAAAGAGGAUGCUUGCCUAUACUCACCAGCAUCAGAACCAGAGGUUAUCACUGUUGGAGCCACCAAUGCCCAGGAUCAGCCUGCUUCCAUGGGGACCUUGGGAACCAACUUUGGCCGUUGUGUAGAUGUUUUUGCACCAGGAGAUGAUAUAGUUGGUGCCUCCAGUGACUGCAGUACCUGCUUCACAUCACAGAGUGGAACAUCCCAAGCAGCUGCACAUGUAGCAGGAAUUGCAGCCAUGAUCCUGAACACCAACCCUGCUCUGUCUGUUUCUGAGCUGAGACAAAGGCUGAUCUAUUUCUCCAUCAAAAACCUUAUCAAUGAGGCCUGGUUUCCUGAAGACCAGAGGCUGAUCACCCCCAACAGAGUGGCAGGCAUUCCCUCCAAACUUGUAGCAGAUGAGCAGCUGUAUUGCCGCUCUGUGUGGUCUUCCUUAUCCAGUUCCAUUCAUGCAGCAAUAGCUAUUGCUCUCUGCAACAGCAAUGAAGAAAUGUUCAGCUGCUCAAGCGUAUCCAAAAAUGGCAAGCGACGAGGCGAGCACAUUGAGGAUCAUGGAGACAGAAAAGAGUGCAUGGCUUAUAAUAAGUUUGGAGGCCAAGGCAUUUAUGCCAUAGCCAGGUGCUGUAUCUGGCCCAAAGCUAGCUGCCAAAUUAAUACCUACACACAGACUGAAGAGGAUACAGCAGUGAGAAGUGUCAGCUGCACUAAGACCAGCCAGGUUUUGACAGGUUGCAGCUCCUAUUCUUUGGAUCAAGAUUUCAGUGAAAACAUCAGACCUGUACUAAAGACAGAGGGCAGCCAUGACCAGUGCAUAGGUCUGGCAGAUGCAAGUAUGCAUGCCUCAUGCUGCCAUGCACUUGAGUGCAAGGUACAAGAAUAUUCUCCUGUGGAUUUCACAAUGAAGGUGAUGGUGACUUGUGAUGAUGGCUGUACUCUGACAGGAUGCAGUGCAUAUUCUCAUGGUCCCAUGACCUUUGGUAUGUACUCCACAGACAACACCUGCAUAAUAAUGAGCAGCCCACAUGGCAGAGGAGCAGUGGCUGUUGGCAUCUGCUGUAGGAGACGACCCUUCGAUAAUUAAGACUAGAGUUCCAAUUAUAAAUGACACUUCUAUGUGUAGGACUUGUUUCAA